UCAAUCUGUUAAUUAUUCUCUUCUUAAACAGGACAAAGUGUUCAAACUCCUGAAGCAGCUGAGAUACAGGUGACACACUGUUGUAAAGAUGGUGUUUAUUAAAGAAGAGAGAGAAGACAUGAAGAUUGAAGAAACAUUCAGAGUCAAAUAUGAAGAUACUGAGGAACAAAUAAAGAUGGAGUUUAUUAAAGAGGAGAGUGAAGACAUGCAGACUGAAGAAAUGUUCAGAGUCAAACAUGAAGAUACUGAGGAACAAACAGACCUGAUGGUGCUGAAAGAGGAGAGUCAAGAACUAAAUGAAAUGAAAGCGAAAAAUCAAUAUAAGAAUCAACACGAUUUUACAACUGGAGAAAAAUCUUUUAAUUGCUCACAGACUGAAAUAACUCCCUCAAGAAAAAGGUAUCAUAAGACGGCAAGGAGUAGUUAUUGCACCUGCCAACAGUGUGGAAAGCGUUUCAGAAAAACAUGUAUUAAAACACACAUGAGAGUUCACACAGGAGAGAAGCCUUAUGCCUGCCAACAGUGUGGAAAGUGUUUUAGUCAAAAAGUAUCUCUUGAAAGCCACAUUAGAAUUCACACUGGAGAGAGGCCUUACGUAUGCCAACAGUGUGGAAAGAGUUUCACUCAUGCUGCAAACCUUGGAGGCCACAUGAGAGUUCACACUAGAGAGAAGCCUUACAAAAGCCAACAGUGUGGAAGAAGUUUCAACCGGAAAGGAAACCUUAACUCCCACAUGACAAUUCACACUGGAGAGAGUGUUUUUACCUGCCAACAUUGUGAAAGAAGUUUCACUCAAAAAGGAAGCUUUAACAGACACAUGAGAAUUUACAAUGUAAAGCAGCCUUGCAUAUGUGAUCAGUGUGGUAAGAGUUUUGAUCAACAUGAAACCCUUGAGGUCCAUUUGAGAACUCAUAGAGAGAAAUCCUACACAUGCCCUCAGUGUGGAAAGAGUCUCGGUCAAAAACAACAAUUUAAAGACCAUAUGAGAAUUCACUCUGGAGAGCAACCCUACACAUGCCCUCAGUGCGGAAAUAGUUUCAAUUAUAAACAACGCUUGGAAGAACACAUGAGAAUUCACACUGGAGAGAAGCCUUUCACCUGCCAACAAUGUGGGAAAUGUUUCAACCGAAAAGGAACCCUUAACAGGCACAUGAGAGUUCACACUGGAGAGAAGCCGUUUAUGUGUGGUCACUGCGGAAAGAGUUUCAGACAUAAAGCAGCACUUAAAUACCACAUGAGUUUUCACUUGUGAAAGAACUAUUUUUGUCAUCAGUGUGGAAUUGUGGAAAGUUUCACAGACAAGAAACAUGUAAUAACACCAGAGAGAAGCAAUCUUGAGGUUCAUAGAAGCAACCCAGAUAGAGCUAAAAAUAUCUGAGUGGUGGAUUUGGUUCUGGGUUUAAAAUGUGUUUUGGUUGAUCGGAUCACAAGUAGACAGUCUCCGUACUUCUCUUUUUACCACUUCUGUCCCCAUUUUUAGGGUCAUGUUUUU